CGUGGGUUUCACUGUCACUAUAAUAAACUUUAUAACAGUGGGCUUCUUCAUCGAUCAAUCCUGGGGUUGGGCUUUUCGGGCAAAAGUAUUCAUGAUAGGCGAUAUUUUUCGAAUUCUACUCUACUCGAUAAACGUGAUGAUGGUUAUAGACAAAUGCAAUAGUAUAGAAAAACAAAACGAAAAAUUCAUAUUAAACUGUUACUAUCUGCAGGAAGAUAUGCCCAACUCGCGCAUCAGCGAUGAAUUGUUCCAUCUAGCGAAAUACGCUGAAAAAUUAGCGCCCAAAUGCUCAGCAGCCGGUUUUUUCACUGUUAACAGGUUGAUAGUAAGAGCGAUAUUUUCAACAGUCACCUCAUACUUGAUCGUUUGCCUUCAAUUCAAUCUGGGCAAUUACUAAAAUGCCGAAACAAAUAAUUUAUUAACGGUUCAUUUAAUAUGAAUUAUUGAGUUAUUAAGUGCAGUACGACAAAUAAUUACAGAUGAGUGCACCGAAAAGUAGUAAAUGUUUUGUAAUAUUUUAUGUUCGUGUUGGAGAAUGCAUAUUUAACUACAUCCAAUAGGUGCAUAUUUGAUUAAAUAUUCAACUAUUGAACCACUUCGAGUAUACAUUAGCGGGCCUAAUUGCAGAACGGCGUAAUAGUAGUAAUUUUAUUUUAAUAAGUCGAUUCGUAUAAGGGCUGCUAUUAACAACAAAAUUAUUUUGCAUAUUUAACUGGUAUAUUUGAACUGGGUCAGUUGGAUAUUUACUAGAGAAAGAUAGGAAUAGUAGUAAUUUAGUUUCAACAUGUCGAUUCGUGUCGGGGCUUGUAUUUAACAACAUGAUUUAUUUUGCAUACUUAAGUAGUAUUUGUGCUUGGUUUGUUGCUAUGAACGAAAUGAAGCAGUGCAAUCGAGUCGCUUCUUUCGAUGGAAUAAUGCACGGGAAAUUGUUGACGAUGGCCCGGUUUAUGGGAGUCGUGCCGUUUUCGAUAGAGAAAUCCACCAAUUCCAAAAUGUACGUGGUAUUUUUGAUAUUGGUUUACGCUUCGGUCGAAGUUUGGCAGAUAAAAGUCCGAAUAUCUGAGACCAUAAUAUGGACGAAUUACAUGUCCGUUAUCUCGGACACUUUCCAAUUCAUCAACGAAAACAUCAUCAUGGCGUCGGUGUUUUCUUCGAGCUUGGCCCGCGAAGAGCACUGGUUAAAAUUCUUCCAUCGAAUGAAAAUAUUCGAGGAUUUAAACCCCGAAGAGGAUAUCGGUGUUUUUGUGAAAUUCGCCGAGUACGCCCCGAUUGGUUUGUUUUUUUGGAUGGUAGCAAACGAUAGUUUCCAGAUAAUCUAUUACACUUACUCAACUGAGACAAUUACACCAUAUUUAACGUUCUACGUUUCGAAUACUUACAUCAUAUUCACUUCUGUUGUGUUGUGCGAGAUGGCCGGUGUUAUUGAGAAAUUCCAAAUGAAUCUUAACGCCGAUUUCUCGCUGUUGAACAAGAGAAAAAAUUUCCUCUGCGAAUCGUUGAUUAAACUUUUCAGAUCAAAAAUUACGCUGAUCAGUAGAUUUAUGAUCAAUAUUAAUGCAUUAUUCGGAUGGAAUAUGCUCACUUUAUUCAUUGUAUUCAUUAUCAGUAUACUAAAUUUCAUCACAACAUCGUUUAUUCGCUUGAAACAUUGGUCUUUAGAGAUGGAAUUAUUCGCUAUAACCGACGUUAUUCGCAUUGUCAUGUUUUCAAUAGAUAUGUUGCUGGUGAUGAGCAAAUGCGACAGAAUACAAAAACACAACGACAACUUCGUCCUGAACUGCUACUACUUGCAGGAGGGCAUGCCGAACUCGCGCAUCAGAGAGGAACUGAUGCAUCUGGCGCAGUACUCGGAAAAACUGGCGCCCAAAUUUUCCGCCGUCGGUUUUUUCGUUGUCAACCGGUUAAUUAUAGGUGCGAUGUUUUCCUCGAUCACCACCUAUUUGAUUGUUUGCAUUCAAUUCAACCUGAGCUCCGGUUAAAACUGCACUGAUUCAUUCGAAAGGUGACUCCUGACGGUUCGAUUCUCGCGAGUCGAGGCAAAUCUAGAGGGAGUUUGCGGUAGCACAAUUUAAUCAGAACUCCCUCUCUACUUCAUUAGUAAAUGGUAUUACGUGGUAGAAAAUCGUGUAUUAAAGUAGUGUACAUUUUUAUAAUGAACUGAAAGAAUUUUUUCAUAAGCACU